AUGAGCACCGAAAAUGGACCGACUACCUCUAAUGCGGCGCCCUACAGCUUCACUCUCAAGGAUUUGAAUGCAUCCACUUGGGCCGAUCACCCUCUGGGCAGAGCGGCUUACGGCAUGAAGAGAUCAGGCUUUCAUCGCUGGGGAUUCGUCAUCUACAGGACAACGUACGACGACGACGCGGCCUGGGAGCGCUAUGUCGGGGUUCUGAAGAGCACUGCACGAAGCGUGCUUGUGGACGAAGGAGGGUCGGUUAUGUCUGAUAAGGCCACGCUGGAUGGCGCAUCCAAAGCGGACGUCCGAAAGCACUUCAUAUCCUGGCGUGAAGCCCACAGCGAAGAGCGCGAUGGUCCCGGGACCACCAAAGACAGAGCCAAACGUCUGCCACGAUUCAAGCACUGCGUCUAUGUGGACCGCAAAUGCCUCGAUACGCUAGCUGGGCUGCCCGCGGACUGCGAUGAGGAAGAGCUAUUUAAGGUUGUGGCCGUGGUCAUAGAUGGGUCUUUCGACGAGAAGACUGCCGGAGACGACGAGGGCUUGUAUCCUGACAUUGAGGGCUGCACUGCACGCUACGUGGGCUGGAGAUAUGAGGACAUUGAGAUGCUGGUCGACACGUACGAAGAAACCCACAAUUACCCGUUGAACCAUAUCGACUACAAGCGGCCACCCCUCAUCUCACCAAACGGUCGACGUUCAAUGCCUGUCUGA